GGUUCUUCAAAAAUACGCUGGGUCGACUUGACUUACCACGCGAGACGUCUCGAGAUCUGCUUUGUUGCCGACCAUCAGCAUUGGAAAUUCGUCUCUGUCUUUGACACGGAUGAAAUAUUGAAGAAAGUUCGGCCUUCAACAAUCGAUAGUUGGGCAAUAAUUUUUUUAUCCACUGUCAGUAAAUUGCAAAGCUGGGUAUACUAAGGAAGAGUUUGCGCUUCAGCAGCGCAAGGAGGGGUGGAGGAGGUGCAGACGGAGCGGACGACGGCAAAAUGUCGGAAGAUAGCGAUGACCAACGGGCUUUAGGCAGGUCUAGAAAGCGCCGCAGGGAUGUGCUAGAUUUUGAGAGUGACUCAUCCGAUUACGCGCGUCGAAACAGCGAUCGUAUUUCUCGCAGAGUUCAACAACAUUCGCGUGUAAAUGGAGCAGUUAGAAAAAAUCUGCGACCUAGAACUAAUACCAAUUAUCGCGAUAUUAUUUCGCCGAAAAUUGGCCAAUUAAGACGAUAUUCUUCAAGAGCAGUAGAAGAUGAAGAAGUGGAUGACGACGACGACGAUGAUGAUGAUGAUGAUGUUGAAGUAGUAGUAAAUUAUAGGAAUUCUCGUUACGAGCGCCGAUCGAGACAUUAUAAUAAUGAUGUCCGUCAACAACGAAAUAGCACAAGAAGAUCGGAACAAGAACAGAAUGAUGCAAAUAAUAGUGGUGGAAUUCGAACUAGGUCUAGAAGUUCACCUAAUAAAUCUUCACAAAAAGACGAAACUUCUCAAAAUAAAAAAGCGUCAUCUAUGGAUAUACUUGAUCAAUCGAACCCCCGUGCUUCUUAUAAUAAUAAUGCUGAUACUAGAUCUCAAUUUCCCAAUGGAACUUCCACACCCGAACCAGGCCGUAAAGAUUCUCCCCAAUUGGAGGACGAGAUGGAAGAUGAAGAAGGUGAGAGACAGAGUUCAAGCGACGAUGUUAGAGGUGGCAGGAUAUAUGAAUUACGUCAAAGAAAACCUUUGCGCAGCUAUCGUUCGCACAGAGAUUACAAUAAAUACGACAUUUGGUCAAAUGCAGAACCCGAGCCGAAACGCCGUAGAAGAUGUUUGAGAGCAACCCGACAACGCAUUCGAGAUCUCAGUGACGACGAUGACGAUGAAGAAGAUGAUAGAGCUCAAACUCCCUAUAUACGCCCUCCGGUUGUUGCCUCCAGCAGCAAAAACAUAAAGAUAAACUAA